GGAAGAAAGAAAAAAAACAAGUCACCGUCCCUCCACUGCCAGCCUCCAGUCGAGCAAAGGCGAUCUCUGUGUCAGAAUCCGGCAGAGAGAGUGAGAGAUAGAGAGAUUCAGCGGGCAGAGAAGUUCUUUCAUCGGUAAAAGCUAUUCCAGCUCAUGUAUUCAUACAUAUAUAUAUACACAUGGAAAUAUCGAAAGGGUACUACAACCAAAGCAGCAGCUUCCUAAAACAAAACAGGAAGCAGCAGCCGAAACAAAAACCAGACAGUUAGUCAAAGAGACCUAACCCAGCUUAAUCUUCACUUCCUGCGGAACCACCUCUUCGGGAUUGUUAAGAUUUUGAUUAAAUAAAUUACCUAACUUGAAGAUAGGCCUUUUCCUCUAUUUAUAAUAUAAAUCAAAUACAUUCUGAUGACUACAAUACCCUUGCUAACUCUCACUAAUUAACAUACUAACACACUUAAUAAUAAUAAUAAUAAUAAUAAUAAUAAUAAUAAUAAUAAUAAUAAUACUAAAAGACUAAAAUAACCUUUAACACUCCCCCUCAAACUGGAGCAUAAAUAUCAUAUGCUCCUAGCUUGUCACAAAUAAAUUUAGCACGAGCACCCCCAAAGCUUUGGUAAACAAAUCAGCAAACUGCAUAUCGGACUUAACAUAAGUGGUAGUAAUGAGCUUCUGCACAAGUUUCUCCCAAACAAAAUGCUAAUCAACUUCAAUGUGUUUCGUUCACUCAUGGAAGAUCUGGUUGGAGGCAAUGUGAAGAACAACUUGAUUAUCAUACAUCAACCUCAUAAGUUGAGAUUGUGGAAAACUCAAUUCUUUCUACAUGUUCUUCAACCAAACAAGUUCACAAGUAGUGCGAGUUGUAGUUCUAUACUCCUAUUCAAUACUUGACUUGGCCCCCACAGUUUAAUUCUUACUCUUCCAAGCAACCAAAUUACCUCCAGCCAAGAUACAGUACCCAAUUGUGGAUCUUUGGUCUGAAGACGGCCCAACCCAAUUUGCAUCUCUAUAUCCUGGAAUAUAAAGUGUAACCCUGAUAUUGAUAUAAAAAAAUCUCUCCCAGGUGCACCUUUGAGAUAUCUCAAGAUACGAAUUGCUGCAUCCCAGUGACUUGUCCUCUUAGAAUCUAGAAAUUGAUUCACAACACUUGUUGCAAAAGAUAUGUCUGCCUAAGUGACCGUGUGAUAAUUCAACUUUCGAACAAGUCUCCGGUAUUGUCCAAGAUUAGACAACAAAUCACCCAUAUCCGACACUAACUUGCUGUUAGGAUGCAUGGGUGUAUCAAUUGGUUUGGUUCCCAAUAAUCUAGUUUCAUCCAAUAAAUCAAGAACAUACUUCCUCUGUGACAAAACAAUUCCACCAUCCAUUUAUCCAGAAAUCAACUACCUUUGCCUCCAUAUAGGUUCGCAGCUCUUUAUGAAGGUACACAGUUUAUACAUUUCAUGACCUGUACAACAUCAUGGCAUAGGGGAUUUAGUUGCAUACUUUAGCUGGUUGGGCAGAAUAUACUAGAAUGGCCGAUGAAUUCUCAAGUUUUUGGGGUCCUGUCACUUCCACAACUGAAUCAUGUGAGAACAAUUAUAUCUACUCUACUUAUAUUGCAGAAUUUUACAGCACUAUAUCCAACAUACCCGGCAUUCUUUUGGCACUCAUUGGCCUUAUAAAUGCACUAAGGCAAAGGUUUGAGAAGAGAUUUAGCGUUCUUCACAUAUCUAAUAUGAUACUUGCUAUUGGAAGCAUGUUAUUCCAUGCCACAUUGCAACAAAUGUUACAACAAGGUGAUGAAACUCCAAUGGUAUGGGAAAUGCUUCUUUAUAUCUACAUUCUCUACUCACCAGAUUGGCACUAUCGUAGUACAAUGCCCACUUUCCUCUUCCUGUAUGGCACAGUUUUUGCCAUUGUGUACUCACAGGUCCGUUUCCGCAUUGGUUUCAAGCUGCACUAUGUGAUCCUUUGCCUCCUUUGCAUCCCCAGAAUGUACAAGUACUAUAUCCACACACAAAAUGUAUCUGCCAAGCAACUUGCGAAGCUCUACAUGGCUACCCUUUUGUUGGGUAGCUUGUGCUGGUUCUUUGAUCGUGUUUUCUGCAAGGAAAUAUCCCAUUGGCACAUUAACCCACAAGGUCACGCCUUGUGGCAUCUCUUCAUGGGCUUUAAUUCUUAUUUUGCCAACACUUUCUUGAUGUUUUGUCGUGCUCAGCAACGGGGAUGGUCCCCAAAGGUAGACCAUUUUAUGGGGUUUUUACCCUAUGUGAAGGUUGAGAAACCUAAAUCCCAGUGAAGAAGUUACAGAGUGCUAGAUGAAUGUUUUUUUCCUUUGUCCUUGGAGUUCACUGGCCGAGAGGAGGCAGUUCACACAUUUAUUGUAUUCAUAGUUUAGAUGGAGAUGAAAUGACAAUUGAUCGAAGAUCUAAAAGUUUUUCUUGUAAAAGCAUAGGAUAGUUGUUUUGUACCAUAUUUGUAUGCUUUUGUUUGCACCAUUAUGUGGCUUGUUUCUUAGUAGAUUUUGUUUGUUUAAA